ACAUCCCGGCACCUCCUCUGCGGCAGCCGCGCCUUGCGCAUUGCCGCAGCGUACGCCCUAGUGGCCGCUCGCUGCUUGCCGCGGCCGGCACCGCCCUCACGGGCUGUGUGCUGGCCCUACGCAGCUGCGGGUGCAGCUGUGGGUGCCGCGGCGCCCCUGUGCUCCAAAUCGGUGUGCCGUGCGGCAUGGGAUAAGACGCAGCCAUGGUGCGCCGAGAUCGCCUCCGCAGGAUGAGGGAGUGGUGGGUACAGGUGGGGCUACUGGCCGUUCCCCUGCUUGCUGCCUAUCUGCACAUCCCGCCCCCCCAGCUUUCCCCCGCUCUUCACUCAUGGAAGUCAUCUGGCAAAUUUUUCACCUACAAGGGACUGCGCAUCUUCUACCAAGACUCUGUGGGUGUGGUUGGAAGUCCGGAGAUAGUCGUGCUUUUACAUGGCUUUCCAACAUCCAGCUAUGAUUGGUACAAGAUUUGGGAAGGUCUGACACUGAGAUUUCAUCGAGUGAUCGCCCUCGAUUUCUUAGGCUUUGGCUUCAGUGACAAACCGAGACCACAUCACUACUCCAUAUUCGAGCAGGCCAGCAUCGUGGAAGCGCUUUUGCGGCAUCUGGGGCUCCAGAACCGCAGGAUCAACCUUUUGUCUCAUGAUUAUGGAGACAUCGUUGCUCAGGAGCUGCUCUAUAGGUUCAAGCAGAAUCGAUCUGGUCGGCUUACCAUAAAGAGUCUCUGUCUGUCAAAUGGAGGUAUAUUUCCUGAGACUCACCGUCCUCUCCUUCUCCAAAAGCUGCUUAAAGAUGGAGGCGUGCUGUCACCUAUCCUCACACGACUGAUGAACUUCUUUGUAUUCUCUCGAGGUCUCACCCCAGUCUUUGGGCCAUACACCCGACCUUCGGAGAGUGAGCUGUGGGACAUGUGGGCAGGGAUACGCAACAAUGAUGGGAACUUAGUUAUCGACAGUCUCUUACAGUACAUCAAUCAGAGGAAGAAGUUUCGAAGACGCUGGGUGGGAGCUCUUGCCUCUGUAACUAUUCCCAUUCAUUUCAUCUACGGGCCUCUGGAUCCAGUGAAUCCCUACCCAGAGUUUUUGGAGCUGUACAGGAAAACGCUGCCGCGGUCCACAGUGUCGAUUCUGGAUGACCACAUUAGCCACUACCCACAGCUAGAGGAUCCCAUGGGCUUCUUGAAUGCAUAUAUGGGCUUCAUCAACUCCUUCUGAGCUGGAAAGAGUAGCUUCCCUGUAUUACCUCCCCUACUCCCUUAUCUGUUGUGUAUUCCAUUUAGGAAGAAAUGCCCAAAAGAGGUCCUGGCCACCACAUACUAUUCUCUCACAAAAGUCCACCUGAUUCACACUGGUGAAUCUGUGUAAUGAUUGGGUUGACAGAAAAAAAAAAAACACAAACACAAAAAACGGCAGAAGCUCCGUCUAAGGGUGACCUCAUAGUCCACCUCCCAUCCCUCUGACAUCUGAUCAAGUGUGUAUGGACUUGCCUUUGUCUUUGUGUUAUUAGGAAAUUCUGAUGAGCACUACUCACUGAUUUUGCAUAAAAAUCUUUUAACACUUCUGUAGACUUUUCCAAAAUAUUUAGAAAUGCAAAUUUCUGGCCCAAGCAGGAGAGCGGAGAGCGUGCCUCCUUCCCUCUCCUUGUAUGGCUUUAAGGGCACAUGCUUUUUUAAGUUUUCUAAGCAGCACGGCUUCAAGUGAGAGUAAGUCUCCUGUCAAAACUUUGGAUUUAGUUUCAUCAGCUGCUUCUAAUUAGACAUUUUGGUAAAACAGAUUUUGGGUUAAAUCAUUCUACAUAUACUUUAAAACUAUGAUUUACCUAUACAUAUACAUAUUUUAUAAGGAUACUAAACCAGCAGACACUUACUCUGGCAGAGUAGUGAACCUUAUUAAAUAUGUUUAACUUCUGAAUAAAUUGAACUCGAUGCAAACUACUUACAGAAUUUCAUAACAUCACAAGACAUUCAAGACCAAUAGCGUCUAUGCCAGAGAUUUACUGUCAUUAGCUGGAAAGACCAAUUCUAAUGGCAAAUCAUAGUCUGACUCUUCAUACCUCAGUGCUUCAGCAUGUCCCUCCUGAGCUAAAGUGGGGGGGAGGGGACCGUCGCACGGUCCAAGUCACCGCCUCGCGUACACUGAUUCCUUAUGGUGAUUGCUUAACUUCUCAUUGGUUGUCCCGGAGAGCUUCCUCACGUAGCUCCACAAUUCCUGUGCUUUACAGACAGGAAAGUUCCAGAAAUUUUAAGAUCAAAUUCUGAAAGGCCUAUGAGUAAACGGUGCUGAAUACUUAUUUUUUUUUUUUUUAGACGCAGUAUGUUUUAGUCAUAAUAGGAUCAUUAAAUCAGAAUAGGAUUAUCGAGUGAUUAAACUUUUUCUUUAAAUUAGCAACUUCAAGUAUAACAAUUGAAAGUGGAAUAAGUGUUUAUUUUCUAUUAAUAAAAAUGAAUUUUGACAAAA